GCUGGUGCUGGCUCUGUCCUCACGUACCGGCAACUUCACGACUCCGUUCAGUUGAUAUCGUUACGAUUGCUGCGCCAGCUGCGGCGGCGCGAAACGGUGGUGAUAUUAUGCUGGGCGGGGCUCGACCUGGUGGAGCUGAUCUACGGCUGCCAAAGAGCCGGCCUUGUCAGCGUCCCCAUUAUGCCGCCCGAUCCUCGUUUUACAGCACAGAAUAAAAAUUAUGAUCUUACCAGGGUUCUCUCCCAAACUAAACCCAAAGCCGCCAUAGCUCACCAAGCUUACAUCGCCGCCGUUUUCCGGUACCUCUCCUCAACCCAGAGAGACGAGAAUCUGGCGACGCUAUUACACAACGUAAAAUGGAUUUCAAUGGAGAGUUUAAAGAAACCCAAGGAAUUAGAAGAACCCGAUUAUUCCAAGUUUUGUCACUCUUCAUAUCGCGGCUGUAAACCGGAGGAACCGUAUCUAAUCCAGUAUACGUCAGGGGCAACAGGACCGCCGAAGGCGGUGGUGGUUUCCGCCGGCGCCGCCGCUCACAACGUCCGGGCGGCGAGGAGAGCCUACGACCUCCACACGGACGCCGUCAUCGUGUCGUGGCUCCCACAGUACCACGACUGCGGCCUGAUGUUCCUCCUGCUCACGGUCACGUGCGGUGCCACGUGCGUGCUGACCUCACCGGGGCGCUUCGUGGGCAGCCCAAUGACGUGGCUGCACCUCGUGACGGCCUUCAGGGCCACGUGCACUCCCGUGCCGUGUUUUGCGCUGCCGCUGGUGGUGAAGCGGGCGAAGGAGAAUCCGGGGGUCGCCGGUGGGGUGAAUCUGGGGAGCUUGAGGAAUUUGAUUCUGAUAAACGAGCCGAUUUACCGGUCGGCGGUGGAGGAGUUUGUGGAGAUGUUUGGGUCGGCGGGGUUGGAGCCGGGAUGUGUUGCGCCGUCGUACGGGCUGGCGGAGAACUGCACGUUUGUUUCGACAGCGUGGAGAAAGGGGUGGUGGUUUCCGGCGAUGCCGAGCCACCGGAAGCUGCUGCCGUGCGGGUGGGUGGGUGGAGAAGAUGAAGAGAUUGUGGUGGCGGUGGUUAAUGGAGAAACUGGGGAGGUGGUUGACGAUGACGUUGAAGGAGAGAUUUGGGUCUCCUCGCCCAGUAAUGCCUCAGGUUACCUUGGGAAUCCAUCUGUAACCAGAGAGACGUUUCACAGUAAACUGAGGAACAACGAGAGAAGCCGUAGUUUCGUCCGCACCGGCGACAGAGGAGUAAUUAAAGGCGCCGACAGAUUCCUCUUCGUUAUCGGACGGUCCUCCGACAUCAUUAAACUCAACAGCGACCAACAAAUCCACCCUCAUUACAUCGAAUCCAUAGCUUACCAAAAUUACUCCGCCUUUCUCCGCGGCGGCUGCCUCGCCGCCGUCAAGAUUUCGGAGACGGUCGCCGUCGUGGCCGAGAUGCAGAGAGCGGACCAAAACGACGCCGAAUCGCUGAAGAGACUCUGCGAAGGGAUUCGGAGGGCGGCGUUGAUCGAAGGAGGAAUCGAGGUAGGGCUGGUGGUUUUGGUGAAAAGGGGAAGCGUCCCCAAAACGACGUCGGGGAAGAUUAGGAGAUCGGCGGCGAAGGAGAAGCUCGCCGGCGGCGGAAUGAGCGUGUUAAUGGCCGUGAAAUUUGGAAAACCUUGCGGCGGUUUGAAGGCAUUUAGGGAUUUGAAGGAUUCGGCGGAGGGAAGAAGCUUCGGAACCUGCCCUCUUUUGCUCUCUCUUCUCUAAUUUCUAGUGGGUGAAUUUAGAAAAUUUUGGCCACACCCACUUUAAAUUUUACUGUCAUAUAUAUAAAAGAUAAAAAUGCAGUGUUAUUGUGAAAUUACUGCUUGUAAUUUUAACUGUCACUGCUGAGUAUUUUUAAUAGCAAAAAAAAUUGUUUUUUUCUUCUUCUUAUCAUUUUGUAUUUGGGGUUUAGUUGAAGUCCGAUUGAUAGGGUUGCGAUGUGCACAGGCGUUUGAAUGGCAAAAAUUAUUUAAUAUAUUUCAGA